ACGUGCGCUCUUAUUGGGACACCCUAUACUACUACUAGUCGACCAAAGUGUCUUGGCCUCUGAGAUUUGGAUGCGCGGUGACAAAACCGACGGGAGCUCAUUUAAAGUGGUGCUCUCAUAGUGUUCACAUUGUUUACUCCGCAAUACCUAUACUCACUCGGCAGUAAAUCUUUAUUAAUAUUUUGUGAGGUGAUAUUAAAACUUUUAUAGUUCAAAAUGCCCUUUCAAACUAGUUUAAAAAAUAAAGUUCUUACCGGUCAAAGUCGGGAAAUAAUUAGCAAUUUGUUAAAUUUUAUGCAAGCAGAAGCUGUAGCUGGAGAAGUUUCAAUUCCUCUCGAAAAGGUUCAAGAACGCGUUGCAGCAGCAACAGGGGUAUCAAUUAGAAGUAUUCGACGAAUUAAAAAAGAGGCAACAUUGGUUACAUCAGGCCAAUCAACAUCGUUUUCAACACCUAAAAGAACUAAUAAAAAUACCAAAAUUAAAAUUCGCUUGGACGACGCAGAUUUGGGAAUUUUACGAAGAACAAUCAUUAACCACCAUUUCACAGAGAAGACAGUUCCUAGAUUAAAAACAGUGCAUGCAAAAUAUAUCGCAGAUACUGGGUAUCAAGGAUGUAAAAAAACUCUGCAUAAGGAAAUGCAUAAAAUCGGUUUUCGAUGGAAAAAAUGUAGGAGCAAUCAAAGAGUGCUAAUGGAGCAGCAACCCAUCAGGCUGCUAAGAAUAGAGUUUCUUAAAAAAAUGCGUCAAUACAGAGAAGAAGGUAGAAAUAUAGUAUAUAUGGACGAGACAUACAUUCACUCAACGCAUACUCACUUAAAAGGUUGGAGUGAUAACUCUUUGGAAGGCAUUAAAAAACCAACAGGCCAGGGACCACGUCUCAUUAUAGUUCAUGCAGGUGGCGAAGAUAGUUUUGUCCCCAAUGCGUAUAUUAGAUGGAAAUCCAACAGCACAAGUGGCGAUUAUCAUCACGAUAUGAAUUAUGAUAACUACAAAAAACGGGUUUCAGACAAUCUCAUUCCAAACCUAAAGCAAAGGUCUGUUGUGGUAAUUGACAAUGCUCCAUACGACAAUAAGAAAAUAGAUAAAGUACCAACAACAAUAACAAAAAAAGCAGAAAUGCAACAAUGGUUACGUUUAAGGGGUAUAUCAUAUGACGAUAACAUGUUAAAGCCGCAACUAUAUUAUUUAAUAAAACUGCAUAAACCCAAAUAUAAACGAUAUGAAAUAGACGAGCUUUUCAAUGCAAAAGGUCAUGAUGUGCUAAGAUUACCUCCAUACCAUCCAGACCUUAAUCCCAUUGAAUUGGAACCUACAAUUGAUAUAGCCAUAGAAAAGGGUAUAAUUAACCUUAACGACAGCGAUAUUGAAACAGACAGUGAUUACUCUAAUGAGUCGGAUAAACCAGAAAGUGACUUAUCUGGAAUAGACGAACUUACUGAUAAUGUUGAAGAACAAGCUGUGGAAAAUAAGAAUCUAACAGUUGACGAUGAUAAAACGUACCUUAAUUUGUAA